GCAACUUUCUUUUUUUUUUUCCUAAGAACUGCAUACUCUGUUUUUUUCUGUUCUUCCUUGGUUAUAUAAUACGCUGAUGUAUAAUCAACCGCCCGUUGCACCAUGGGAUAUUCCCGCUACUGUCAAUCCACCACCGGCAUAUAACCGACGGCGAAGUUCGUCUUUUGAUAUGUCCAUGUUUAGGGCUCCUUAUAACGGAUCUUUGAAACCACCAGCUAUUCCAACCUCGGUUUACGAAGAAAACCCGGCGCUAUCUUAUUCUCCCUUAUCCACCACUUCCACCGAUUCCAAUCUCAUUUCUCCACCUCAAACGUUUCUAUUUCCAGAUUUAUACGACGAUGCAGUCAUGUACACAUCUUCGUCGAAUACGGCCAAGCGUCGCCGGCGAUCAUCCUCAGUUCCGCCUACGUUCCGCAGCUUUAUGGAUGCCAAGAACAUUUCAAACGUUGAAGCUCGACAUCAACCGUACUACCCUCUUGCGAAUGCAACUCCGCAGCUCACAUUUGCACAACUGCAAGUAACCGAUCCCACGCCACGUUCCAAUCGACGCAAUCAACCUCCUGCUCCUCCUGUACCGAUAGAACGAAUCAAUCGACCAGCACCAUCCAAGAAACCGGCUACCCUCAACCAAGCUGAAAUGGAUGAGCAACUGUUGAAAGCCAAUUUCGAUGAUAUCACAGUGACCGAAUUGAAAGAAAUGCUGCGACAACGCGGAUUACCGGUGAAUGGGAAAAAAGCGACUCUCAUUGAACGUUUGCAGAACGCCAGACAAGUCCUCUUGAAUAUGCACAGUAUCAAUCACAACGUUGCGCGCAUGUCUAUUUCAACUCCGCCGAAUCAAGAAGCAAUACUGCCUACUCAGGACAGUGGUGGAUUCGAUAUGAAUGAAUUUUUCGAAUUCGAUCCCCCGGGUAAUUCCAAAAUGAAUGCUAUGGAAAGUGAUAUACCAAACGGCUUACCGUCGCCCAAACAAGAUGACCCUCCUCUAAGUUUCACUGCAGACAACGUUACCUGGGAUCCCAAUAUGCUUGAAGCAUUCUUAAAGAACCUUUAACUCGGUAGAACCCCUUUGAAUAAGGAAUAUACUGUCUGGAUAAGAAAAAAAAAAGUCAUUAAAUUUUACUUUCUACU